CAAAGCACGCAAACCACACGGCGCUACAACUAGACACGCAAACCGGGCCCCAAGAAACGUGUCAGCAUCAUACAGCACCAAACGCCAGGCGCCGAAUUUAUUGCCGCCCCAGCCUCGUAUUUACAGAGAAGGGAAAUAAGAAGAAGAGACGGACAGAGAAAAGAAGACUAGGUUGACGAAGCAGACUAGACUGACAGAGAAAAGAAGACUGACAAAGAAACAAGACUGACAAAGAAACAAGAUUGACAAAGAAACAAGACUGACAAAGAAACAAGACUGACAAAGAAACAAGACUGACAAAGAAACUAGACUGACAGAGAAAAGAAAAUUGACAGAGAAUAAGAAGACUGACAGAGAAAACAAGACUGCCUUAAACAAGACUAGCCUGCCUUAAACAAGACUAGCCGCCCGAAACAAACAACAACACACAACCACAACCACAACCAAAACUACAAAACUAUGGACGAGGUCGUGCUCUACGUAACCGCCGGCGACCCUGCCGACAAGCAUGCGCAGGAGUCGGUGGCCGCCGUGGCGUCUGUGCACAAGCUGCAGCAGCACGCCACGUUCCGCCACGCACAGUGCCCCGUCAACGGCGCGGCCGUCUCCGGGCUCGGCGCCGGCAGCAGGCUCUUUGUGGCCGGCACGGACCGGGCGCUCAUAUCCACGUACGUGUGGGGCAAGGAGGCGCCGGACCAGCGCUUAGCGGUGCCCGAGCUCAUGGCGUGCUUGGCGCUCGCCCCCCAGCCGGCGCCGGCCAGAUCCGCCGACGCCGCCAAAACCACCCACUCCGUGCCCUGGUUGCUCGCCGCGGGCCUGGCGUCCGGCAAGUUGUACGUGUGGGAGGUGGCGCUGGGCGACUUGGUGUGCGUCAAGGACGCCCACUACCAGCGCGUGGCCAGCCUCGCGUUCUCGCCCUGCGGCUCGUUCUUGGUGUCCGGCGGCCACGACACGCGCGUCAACGUCUGGCGCACGGCCGACUUGGUGGCGCCGCACACCGCGCUGCGCUGCAAGCCCCACGCGCUGUUUUCGGACCACGCGCUUGCCGUCACGGGCGUGGCGUUCGUGGCCGCGCCGCUGGGUGCCGGCAGCCUCGUGGCGUCCGCGUCACGCGACGGCACGCUCCGCAUCUACGACGUGGCGGCGCGCUGUCUCCAGACCACGCUCGUGUUCCUGGCCGCCGUGGAGUGCUUUGCACGCGACCCCGCGGGCCGCGCCUACUACGCGGGCUUGGCCGACGGGUCUAUCCGCCGCGUGGACAUGUACGCCGUGAACCCGCACAGCCACGAGGUGGAGGCCGUGGGCGGCGCCGGGCGCAUCGUGACCGUGGCCGCGGACGGGGACCCGGGCGCGGCGUUCGGCCAUCUCCAGACCGGCGGCGGCCCGCACGCCACGGUGCUCGCGGUGACCAUGGACGGCAUGAGCCUCGUGUCGGGCGACACGCAGGGCCGCGUGUUCGUGGCGGACGUGGCCACGCGCCAGGUGGUCAAGGCGUACAGCGCGUGCAAGCUGGCCAUCGCCCACUUGCACGUGGGCACGUGCAGCACGGCGGCGCUUGCGCCGGGCGGCCACGCGGAGAAGACCCACCGCUUGCUCCCGCCGUUGAAGCGCGUCUUGGCCGCGGGCGUGCUUGCCGACCACACGGUCACGGUGCAGCUCCCGGCGCCGCGCGGGCGGGCCGUGGGCUUUGCGGCGUGGGUGGACGCCAAGGCGCAGCAGGAGUUUGAGUUCCGCCGCGACACCGGCGACGAUGCGGCGCCGAAGGACGGCCCGGCGGACGUGGCCGCGGUGCAGGCCAAGCUCAACACGGUCUCGGCGGCGUACCUGGCGUUGCGGGAGACGUACGGCCAGUUGUUGCAGGCCCACGAGGCGUAGGGGCGCUGUGCUUUGGAGAGGGAGUCUCGGUGAAGAGAUUGGGUCUCUGGAGAGGGAGUCUCGGUGAAGAGAUUGGGUCUCUGGAGAGUGGGUCUCUGGAAAGAGAUUGCUAGCAUGUUUUAUUAUAGAGCGGGCCGAGGGUUGAGCGAAUAUGCAUGCUUUCUGACUGAGUCUAGAAUGUUUGGACUGCAAUUGAUGUUUGCUGUGGGGAGAAUCCUAGCCGGUUUCAUGGCUUACGCUUGCGCAUAGAAAGUAUGAACUGCAAUUGACGAGAGCUUAUGUCUUUGUGAAAUUGCUAGACGGUUUUAUUUAUAGCAUGGGCGGGAGCUGAAGCUGGAAUUGAUGGAAUGCGUAGAUCUUUGCUGUGAACAGCUGGCCUGGUGUAUUCAUACAGUGGGCCGGGGCCUUACUAAAAUCUUUGCUUUCUAAUUGAAAGUAUGAAUUGCAUUGGUGGAGAACGUACACAAUAAAAGAAAAAAG